GAAUCUAUGUUCAUAUUUAAAAUAAAAGGUGAUAUUUCAAACAAAAUAAUAAAUAUCAAUAUUUGAAUACGUCAAUAUCUAAACAUUUAUACUUGAUUCGAACAAUUAAAAUAACUAUUUAACUUUUACAUGAAAUAAAUAAUAAAUUAUUUAUUUUUUAAUUAACUCCGCUAAAACAAAAUAAUUUUCUUUAAAGAUCGUAAAUCAAUCAUAUCUGUCAUAUUGAUAGUGUUCAACCCGGUUUCAUGACCCCUACCGAUUGAACCUGAUGCAAUUGACCAACAUUCCACCCGCGUGACAAGAUGACUGUCAUGUGUUUAUAAAUGGUUUGUGAAAACGGAUUCAAAAUUUUGCUUGAGAUUUACUGUAAAAAUACUAGUCGGUCGCGUUCAUAAUGAAAAAUAGUAUGGUCCUUUUUUAUUUUGUGUAUUUUUCCCCCAUUAUACACAGAAGGAAGAGAUGUGUGGUGUCAAUGGAUCGGCGCGGACGAAUAACCGACUCUUAUCUUUUUCUUGCAGAUGUUUUUGGAACGAAAACAAUAUCAAUUAAAAUCUAUAAAACAAUAUCCACAAUGAGUUGCUUGGGUCACAAGGUAUCGUCUCUGUGACAGAACUAUUUGGGAGAUUACUCCUACUGCUGUUGGUUCUUGGAUAUGGAAGAGAGUUCUUAAGCUCAGUGACUCUGUUCUGCCAUUUAUUUCAGGGGCUGGAAGUUCUCUCAAGUGGGAGGGUUUGACUAUGUCCCAUUUCUCAGUUAAGAGGGUUUGGCAAACAAUGCGUGUUAAAAAACCAGAGGUUGAGUGGGCAUUCUUGCUUUGGGGAAAAUAUUUUAUUCCUAAGCAUAGUGUCUUGGUGUGGCUAAUCAUUCACAACCGCAUUGUUACGAAAGACAAAUUAUUUAGCUGGGGAAAGGUGGUUGAUCAGACUUGUGUACUCUGUUCGGGAGGUGCUGAGACUCGGGACCAUCUAUUUGCUGAAUGUUCUUAUUUCCAGGCUGUGUUGUGUGGGGCUUUGUCUGAUUUGCAGGUCCCGAAUUGUACUGAAUGGUUGCUGAGCUUGCAGUGGGCGGUUUGACAGUGGCAGGGGAAGAAAGGUUUGGCUGUUUAGUUGGAGAAGUUGAUUUGGGUGGUUGUGGUGAGCAGCGUGUGGAAGGAAAGGUGUUCUCGGGUUUAUGGUGAUAGGCGAGUUUGCUCUCCCUCUCAGUUGGUUGCACGGAUUAAGUCGGAGAUUUGUUGUUUAGCUUCAAAGAAUAUUGAGCUUAGUAUAGCCAUUGUGAGUUUUUAUAGUUCUAACAUAAUAGUUUUGAGAUGUAAACAGUAUACUUGAGAGGGCCCUUGGUUUUAAGGUGUCCUGGUGCUUUAAUGAAAUUUUUUGAUUGCGCAUCAAAAAAUAUCCACAAUGAGUUUAUUUAUUUAUUUAGGAAAUAUGGAAACUGGGAUGUAGACUAAUAAUGCAGGUGACAAGUUGAAACGAGACUUCUAUUUUGCCGAUAAAUAAUUAGUUGAAAUUAAAAUAAGGAAAAUGAAAGGAAGGUGGGAACUAGAACUCUAGAAGGCAAGCAAGCACUAUAAAUAACCCUAUAUCAAGAAGGAAAAUUUCAUCCCAACAUCCUUCUACCUCAUUUCCGCUGCCUGCCUGCCUGCCUCUAGUUAGCUUUUUGCCAUAAAAGGAAGAAGAAAAAAAAGAUGCCUCUAGUUACCGAGACCGUCACCUUCAGGAUGUUCUCCUCCUCCAGCGACGUGUGGAGCGCCGUCACCGCCGCCACAGCUGUCUUCCCCAUGGCCAUGCCCAAUCUCUACGCCGGCAUCAAGCGCAACCGCCGCGAUGGCUUCACCGAAGGCUCUAUCCGCGACAUCACUUUUGGCCCUGCUUACAGCAGGGUAGUGGGAUCGGCGAGGGAGGAGAUCCUCGAAGUUGACCACUCCAACAUGACGGUGAAGACGACGAUGAACGACGACGGAGCGUUCGUGCCGCGGCUGUUCGACAGCGUCGACAUCACCACGGCCGUGUUGCCUUCCUCCCGCACCAACCUCAGGGCCACGGGCUGCACAAUUACUUGGUCAUUUACGUACGACAGUGCCAAAGGUAACGCGGACAUCAACAACCUCAAGAAUGUGAUGCAGACUGCGUUUCAGGAUUUGGACGACUAUCUCAGGAGGGGACGCGGCAACCGCCCGUGAAGAGGAGAAGAGCGAAGAGUAAGCGUCGACUUUUAUUAGUCCACCAUGCGAUGGAUAUUGUUGGCUACUUCUUCCUACUUUAAAGCAAUCGUGUAUGUAUAAUAAGAUGGUCGAGUACUGUUCUCGUUCUGUAGACCAUCUUUAAUUAGUUUGUGUUGGUUUGGAUUUGGAAUAUUUGAUCGUCGUUGUUGUUUCUGUAUGUGUGUGGUUUCGUUUGAUUUCCCUGUAUUUCUUUCCAUGGUAUUGUUGUGCUUGUGUCUGUACCUGAAAUAAUGAUGAAGGAGAAUGUUACGCGUUGUGCAAGCUCCCAUCCUUUUUACACGUUCUCCUGACUUCUUUCACAAGUCACAAGUCACAAGUCACAACCACCUCCCCAGCCACAUCCUUUGGAACCCUCACUUGCUAGCACGCAACAAUCAGGUCAAAACAUGGACCAAUGUCAUAAUUAAAUGGAUUUUCAGCGGAACCAUUUUCAGUUGAUCGUUCUGACCAAAAUCGAUAUGUAGUAGAGGCGAUAUAGAGCAAAAACAUGGACCAAAAAUGAUGUUGAUCCAAGUUCCAAACCAGAAUAUAUUGAUUUGUGCCGAAAAAUUGGUCAGCAGCAUAUUGAUUGGGCCGCAUCUUUCUCACUAAAUAACGAGGGGGCGAAUUAAAAGCGGUUUAUUUUAUAGAUAAAGGUGAUAUAUGUUUGUUUUUGUUAGAAUAUGACUUGAAUUUGAUUUGAGUUUGUUUUGUGUUUUAGGCCUAUUUUGUUUGGGUUUGUGUUUGAGUUUUGUUUGACCAUUUCCUUGUAUGUAUGGGAAAAAGUGUUUGGGUUUCUGUUUGAGAUUAGGAGAAGAGUUCUAUAAAUACUCUUCAUCACCCUAGUCUGUAGUAGGGGUUAGUCAGGGUUAGUUUGUUUGGUUUGUCCGUUUGGAAUUUGGUUUGUAACCUGUACUCUCCUCAAAUCAGUGAAAUUUGUCCCACCUGCUCGUGGAUUAGCUAGCACACAUUGUGUUAGUGAACCACGUUAAAUUUGUGUUCGUUCGUGUUGGUUUGGAUUAUCAAUUGCACGCUUCUGUUCUGACAAGUGGUAUCAGAGCCGCUUUCGAUCUUUGGGUUAUUUGAAACUGUCUUGGCGGAUUUUGGAUCGCGCUCCUGGUUGAUCGGCUGCGCAAUCGACAAGAGAGCUAGUUGGCGGAUCAAUUGGAAUUUGGAAGCAAUUACUUGAAUUUAUUGUGUUCGGUAAUAGCUUGUGGUUUGGGGAGAAUUCUGUUUGUUUCCCUUGGUGGUGAUCAGGGUUUUCGAUCACCAAGGAUGUUUGUUCUGGAUUUGAAGAUCGAGAAGUCAAUUUGGAGUUGCAGGCUUGGAGUUAGCAGUAAAUUUGAUGUUGGUGUUAUGGACAGAAAUAACACCAAGUUGGUUCUGAAUGACAAGUCUCAAUAUGGAUUGGACUUGCCGAAUGGUUUGAGUUGUUGAUCGCCCUUAGGGGCAUUUGGAGGCAGGGGAGAUUCUGGUACAACUGAUUUGGAGGAGCUUGGUACGUCUGACAAUUUUGAUUGCAUCUGAGUUUGGCAAUUUGCAUCGCGUUUGGUCUGGCGAUAUGAAUCGCAUUUGGAUAUGUCUGGCAAUCUUGAUUGCGUUUGAGUUUGGCGGUUUUGAUCGCAUUUGGAUACGUCUGGCGAUUGGUAUCGCGUCUGGGUACAUCUGACAACUUUGGUUGCGUUUGGUACAUCUGGUAUUUGACAGAGAAUUCAAGUCAAGGUGGAGAUUGUUAGAAUAUGACUUGAAUUUGAUUUGAGUUUGUUUUGUGUUUUAGGCCUAUUUUGUUUGGAUUUGGGUUUUGUUUGACCUUUUCCUUGUAUGUAUGGAAAAAAGUGUUUGGGUUUCUGUUUGGGAUUAGGAGAAGAGUUCUAUAAAUACUCUUCAUCACCCUAGUUUGUAGUAGGGGUCAGUCAGGGUUAGUUUGUUUGGUUUGUCCGUUUGGAAUUUGGUUUGUAACCUGUACUCUCCUCAAAUUAUUGAAAUUUGUCCCUCUUGCUCGUGGAUUAGCUAGCACACAUUGUGUUAGUGAACCACGUUAAAUUUAUGUUCGUUCGUGUUGGUUUGGAUUAUCGAUUGCACGCUUCUGUUCUGACAGUUUUAGUUAUAAGGGGCUACUUGAAUAAUUCAUAUAUUAUACUAUCUUUUUGUUUGGCCAAUUUACAUAUUUGAUAAAGGUAAGGUACUACUUGAGUAAUCCAUAUAUUGGAUCAAGAUAGGGUGCAUAACCAUGGGUUAUGCAUCCAUCAAUAAUCAAAUCUGGACCCUUCAUUUAGAAAAUCCAGAUCUAAGGAUGGAGAAUUAAAGAUCAUUUUUAUUUUCUCUAGCUUUCUUAAUCGGCUCAUAUCUUUUUCGUUUUAACUCGGAUUUUAAUUUUUUUUGCACAGGUGGAACGAGUUCAUCGUGCUCUACAAAAUGAGAUCAAUUUUCAAUAUUUUUUUAGAACAAAAAAUUAUGGCCUCUCGGUACCAACUGCAUACCAUAUGGUAUUUUCUUCAUUUUUAAUUCGUUUUUGAAAACGUUUGCACAUAAGGGACGAGUUCAUCAUGAUAUAUUGGAUCUACAAAUUUCUGGGUGAACAAAUUACAGGACCAAAAAAUACCACACAAUACCAUAUAAUACCACCCUGGUACGGGGUGGUAUUAUAUGGUAUCUUCAUCGUUUUUAAUUCGUUUUUGAAAACGUUUGCACAGAAGGGACGAGUUCAUCAUGAUCUAUUGGAUCUACAAAUUUUUGGGUGAACAAAUUAUAGGACCAAAAAAUACCACACAAUACCAUACAAUACCACCCUGGUACGGGGUGGUAUCUUGUGGUAUACAAUGUUAAAAGUCGUAAAUGACAAUUAAUAUAUUUCUACUAUCAUGUAUUCAACCAUCCUACAGUCUUUGUUUGUUCAUACCACCAUGGUACUUUUUUCAAACCAUAGGUAUGCUUUUAUUUCAAUACUAGUCAAUACCAUAUGGUAUAGACUGGUAAAAAAUGGCUCAAUUUUUUUUGUUCGAAAAUAUAUUAAAGUGGAUAUCAUUUUGAAGAGCACAAUUAAUCUGAUCUAACUGUACAAAAAAAUUAAAUUUCGACUU